AUGGGCCUGACCGAAUUCGGCAGUGACGCAUUGAGCCGCCUCUUCGUCCGAACCGUCAUCCUCUCCUCCUCCCCCGUCUGUCCCGGCAGUGCUUCUGAGGCGAUGGAGCCCGCUCUACCCAAUGUGCUACCCCCAGAACUGCUGUAUAAGGUGCCCUGGCCUACAGUAUUCACGCUGGCCAGCGAGGAUCUCCACACGAACCUAUGUCUGCUCCUCGUCUGCCACACCGCGCACGAUUGGGUCCUCCCCCUUCUAUACAAUACGAUUUCCCUCUCCAGCCACGCCCAGAUCGUCUCAUUCUUCGUCGCCCACGAUACCCUUCAAGAACCCCACAUGCACCGACUCCGCCUCGUGCGCAAUCUCUGGUUAGGGCCGCAGGCGAACACAAGCGACUCUUCCCUCUUUUACGGCUCCAAUGCGUGGCCGCUCACCAUCAUCCACCGCAUACUCUACUCCUGCACGAACGUCGAGAGCCUCUACCUCAUCAACCUAGACCAGAACGAGUGGUUUCGCCUCGAGAAUGUCAUCCCCUCCUCAGUCAAGCGCCUCGCAAUGGGACCAGUUCACGGGCCGUUCAUCCUCAGGAAUCUGAACCAUUGCCCCCACAUCGAGAGCUUCACAAGUGCGCUAUCCUUCAUGCGCGACGACGAGGUCAAGGAGAUUGUCACCUACCCGCAUAUGCGCGAGUUCCGCCGGAUAUUGCAGGCGCAUCCGCUUGCGUCGGUGUCUGAUAUCUUGGUCGACCAACUUCCCUGCGUGUCGGCUUCGCAGACGCUAGAGAGCAUGCGUUUCGAGAUCUGCGGACCACAGGAGCGCGCUUUUGGAUUGCUGGGUACCAUCACUGCGAAGAUACAAGAGCGCCAUGUGGACGCACGAAUAACCGCCUCGCGGGUGGCGGAGGAGGACUGGAUGGCGUAUCUUCACCACGAAUUCCUGUCGUUGAAGAACGCCUACGUUUGUACGUCGACCGGCGUGUCUGGACGGGCGCCCUAG